AUCCUAUUGGUAAACGGACAAAGUCGUGUUCUAAGCAUAUAGAUAAGUAGUGGUUUUAUUAGAAAAAUACAUUAUUUUGUGGUGGGGUAGGCGGUCUUGUUGUGCUUAACUUUUCAUGUGAACAAACAAAACCAAUAUGGCGGCUAUAAAGUUCAAGAUCAAUGGAAAAGAGUAUACAGUGGAUGGUAAAUUCGGUCCGGACGUGUCUCUGAACGAGUACAUUCGCUCGGUGGCUGGGCUGCGCGGCACGAAGGCGAUGUGCCACGAGGGCGGCUGCGGCGCGUGCGUCGUCGCCGCGCGCGCAGCUCUGCCGCCAGACAACCAGCUCAAGACAUUUGCUGUCAACUCUUGUUUGGUAUCAGUACUAUCCUGUCAUGGCUGGGAGGUGACAACCGUGGAGGGUGUAGGGAACAGAAUCAAGGGCUACCACGACAUACAGAGCAGACUGGCCAAGUUUAACGGCACGCAGUGUGGGUACUGCACUCCUGGAUGGAUCAUGAAUAUGUACAGCUUAUACGAAUCGAAAAAGAAAACACUAACUUCAGUGGAGGUAGAAAAUUCUUUCGCCAGUAACAUGUGCAGGUGUACCGGCUACAGACCAAUAGCCGAUGCUUUCAAAACUUUCGCUAAAGACGCUGACCAAAAACUCCUUGACAAACUAUGUGAUCUCGAAGACCUAGCUAUUCUCAAGCCUUGUGGACUAAAAUGUGCAAAAAAAUGUUCGCACAAAAACAAAUGUUUGAAAGAUGACAAUAAUGAUAAGAAGGACAAUGGAUUACAUGAAUUUGUUCAUGUAAGUGAUGAAAAAAUGUUGGUCGUGGAAGCUGGAAAGCAUAAAUGGUAUAAAGCUUAUAAUUUGAGCGAUGUCUUCAAAGCUAUGAGUGUGGGAGAUUAUAAGUUAAUCGCAGGCAAUACUGGUCAAGGUAUUUACCACGUCACGGAAUAUCCUACCAACGUGAUAGACAUAUUUAAUGUAGCUGAAAUAAAAGGCCACAAUAUUGAUGUAAACUUGGUCCUGGGUGCCGGCAUGCCAUUGUCUGAUAUGAUGGAGCUUUUCCUAAAGCUUUCAGCUGAGAAAGAGGAAUUUUCUUAUUUGAAACAGUUUUACGAUCACAUGGAUUUAGUAGCCCAUAUUCCUGUGAGAAACAUCGGAACAAUCGGUGGCAAUCUUUAUCUAAAACAUUUCAAAAACGAAUUCCAAUCAGACGUAUUCCUACUUUUUGAAACUGUUGGAGCUAUGAUAACUAUUGCUGAAAGCGCGGAGAAAGACGUAACAAUGAAGAUGCCAGAAUUUCUCAAGAUACCAAUGCAAGGGAAAAUUAUUAAAAAUGUUAUGCUACCACCGUUAUCACACUGCUCUGUAAAAACUUACAAGAUUAUGCCUCGAUCUCAAAACGCCCACGCUGUAGUAAACGCAGGAUUCCUUUUCAAAUUCCAACAAAAUACCAACAUUGUAGAAAGAGCUUCACUUGUCUACGGCAGUAUAUCAGAACAUUUCAUACAUGCUUCAAAUACUGAACAGGUGUUAGUGGGCAAAGAUCUCUUUACUAAUGAGACUUUACAAUUAGCUUUGAAAACUUUGUAUGAUGAGAUUGUUCCUGUCGAAGCACCGCCUGAGCCUUCAGCAGCUUACAGGAAGAUGUUAGCUGUGACACUGUAUUAUAAGGCAAUUCUCAGUCUCUGUCCAAGUGAUAAAAUGAACCCAACAUACAAAUCUGGAGGUGAAGCCAUAAAACGCCAUACAUCCAAAGGCAUGCAAUCCUAUGAAACUGACAAGAGCAUAUGGCCUUUAAAUCAGCCGAUACCAAAAAUAGAAGCUUUAGUUCAGUGCAGUGGAGAAGCAGUUUUUGCAAAUGAUUUACCUGGAGAAAAUGAUGAGGUAUUUGCAGCCUUUGUUACUGCUGAUACACUUCCAGGCAGCGUUAUUGAAGAUUUCGACACUUCUGAAGCAUUUAAAUUACCUGGAGUUAUAGCCUUUUACACAGCAAAAGAUAUACCAGGAGAUAAUGUAUUCACACCCAGUAACAUACCCUACAUGUCUGAUAAAGAAGAAAUACUUUGCGAUAAGAAAGUCAAGUUCCAUGGGCAACCAGCAGGCAUUAUAGUAGCAGAUAGAGAGAAGACAGCAAAUCAUGCAGCUAGACUCGUCAAAAUUAAAUACUCUCCUAGUAAAAGUACUCCUUUAAUGAGUAUUGGCGAAGUUCUAGAAUCUUCCGAAAAAGAUAAACGUGUAAGAGCAGAUUCAACAAUAGAACCAACAGAUGUUGGUCAUGAUGUAAAAACUGUUAUUUUCGGUGAAAUGGAAUUGGAAGAACAGUACCAUUAUUACAUGGAACCUCAAACAUGUGUUGCGAAGCCUACAGAAGAUGGAAUGGAAGUAUUUGCGUCGACUCAGUGGCUUGAUCUAGUUAACGUAGCCGUUGCACAGAGUUUGAAAGUUCCAGUUAAUAGUAUAAAUGUAAUAGUCCGUCGAGUAGGAGGUGCUUACGGAGGUAAAAUUUCCCGUUCUGCUCAAAUAGCGUGUUCAACAGCACUGGUCACCCAUUUACUGAAUAGAACCUGCAGGAUGAUUCUACCUAUGCAGACCAACAUGAAGGCGAUUGGUAAACGGAUUCCUACGAAGAGUAACUUUGAGAUUGGUGUAAAUGCCCAAGGAGAAAUACAGUACUUGAAGAAUACUGUCUACCAAGAUGGUGGCUCUUCUUAUAACGAGACUCUCACUAUGGUCACAAUACAGCAUUUCUACAACUGUUACAACCACAAAAGGUGGUACGUUUCAACCAACAGCGUGUUGACCGACAAGCCUUCCAAUACUUGGUGUCGAGCUCCGUUUUCAGCAGAAGGCGUUGCCAUGAUAGAACUAAUAAUGGAGAGAAUAGCAUUCAGUCUAAAGCUAGAUCCAAUCGAAGUCAGACUUUUAAAUAUGGUAGGCACAGAGAACAAUCCAAUCCCAGAAUUGAUAAACCAGCUAAAAAUCGACGCAGAGUACGACGACAGAAAAAAAGAAAUCGAAGAGUUUAAUAAAAACAAUCGAUGGAGGAAAAGAGCCAUCAAAUUAAUACCAUUGACUGUUGAUAUAUUUUACACUGGGAACUUUAACGCGCUAGUAUCAAUCUAUCAUGGUGAUGGAUCGGUCGUACUUACUCAUGGAGGCAUAGAAAUGGGACAAGGUAUCAAUACUAAAGCUGCCCAAGUUUGUGCAUACGCUCUCGGUAUACCUUUGGAGAAGAUCAGUGUUAAGCCCAGCAAUAGUUUUACUACUCCUAAUGCUAUUGUAACCGGAGGAAGCGUUGGUAGUGAAUGUGUUGUUUUCGCUACUAAGAAAGCUUGUGAAGUACUAAAUGACAGACUUAAGCCAAUUAGAGCGAAGUUAGAUAACCCUUCGUGGGAGGAAUUGAUUGCACAAGCCUAUACUGAUGGAGUGGAUCUUCAAGCAACUGGUAUGUUUAGUUUGAGUGAUACAAAGACUUAUGAUGUAUAUGCUGUAGGCAUAUUGGAGUUGGAAGUAGACAUUUUGACUGGUAACCAUGAUAUUUUGAGAGUUGAUAUUUUGGAGGAUACUGGAAGGAGUUUAAGUCCUGAAAUUGAUGUUGCUCAAAUUGAAGGUGCGUUUAUAAUGGGUCUAGGUUACUGGACUUCAGAGAAGAUCGUCUACGAUGGUUCUACUGGAAAGCUGCUCACUGAUAGAACCUGGACCUAUAAGAUCCCGGGAAUCAAAGACAUUCCUUCUGAUAUGAGGAUUUAUUUCCGUCGCAAUGGCAAGAAUGAUCUUGGUGUACUGCAGUCUAAAGCGACCGGAGAGCCAUCUUUCUGCCUAGCGACAGUGUUCCUCCACGCGGCUCACGCAGCGAUACACGAAGCCCGUCAAGAUGCUGGAUACGAACAUAUUUGGUUUGAUUUAAAAACGCCCUGUACUGUUGAAAAUAUCUUCAUGGCUGUUGGUCACAAGCUCGAACAUUUUAAAUUGAAAUGAAAUGUGUGAUAUUGCACACAUAAUGUUAUAUAAUAUUAAUUAUAAUAUGUUAAUUAGAAGUUA